GUGCGUCACUUCCAGACCUGCCGGAAGUGUGAUGUGGCUAUGAAGUGUGCAGGAUGGCAAAACAUCCUUUCAGCAUCAUCCUAUCAAUCUCCUCAGGAUCUUGAGUUUCAAUUCGAUCACCUCUUGUUCUUCUAAACAUCAAUGGAUGUCCAACCAGUUCUUUUUCUCCAGAGAAACUCCAUCUCCACCCCAUUCAAGUCGGCAAUUUUCAACUUCCAGAGUCUAUUGACGGUGAUACUACUCUUGAUUUGUACCUGUGCUUACAUCAGAGCCCUAGCUCCUAGUGUUCUGGACAAAAAUAAAACUGGACUACUGGGAAUAUUUUGGAAGUGUGCUAGAAUAGGUGAACGAAAAAGCCCCUAUGUCGCCAUAUGUUGUGUAGUAAUGGCAUUCAGUAUUCUGUUUAUGCAGUAGCAAUUGCCUUCAAAGGAUCAGCACUAUGGAUGAUAGACAUUGGUUAAUAUACACAACAGAAGAACUUUAUAAAUGUGACCGUGAUGCACGAAAGGCUGCAGCUUCUAAAAUCUGUGUUUUGCUUCUUCCGUCACAAGCUUUUCUUAGCAGUGGCAUCAGAUACAACCCUGUUACUGGACCAAGGACUGAGAUAUUUGAGAUAGAACUCCACUGUGGCUGAUUUUUUUAUAUAUAUAUGGACUGCAACAACCAUCCUACAUUAAGAACUAACAUCACAAUGUGAAUUAUUUGAUCAGUUAUUGCUGUGUGAAACUGACUAAAUAUUGUAUUGUCAAUAAAAACCUUCAAUGAUA